CGACAUUUCAACCUUCAACAUCACCGCUCUCGACAACGUCUGGCUCAACUCAGACAACAAUCACAGCAAUGGAGGGCUCUACUCCUCGAACACCGACCUCUCGCUCGUCUCGCCGCUCCAUCCCCAACCUCGCAAAUCUCAACAUCGCCCCUCUGUCCUCUGCACCCCUCGAGCCCUCCUCACCGUCUCCAACCGAUGCAGCCCUGACCUCGCCUCACACCUCGUACAUCCAACACAAAUCCGCCCCAAACACGCCCGGCGUGCUCUCCCUCUCCCAAUCCCGCGCCUCCUCCCACCACCGUCGACAUCCCAAGUACACUCACGCCGGCAACAGCUACUUCCCGACCGCACCUCCCUCGCCCACAGGUACGGGCACACUUACGGCGCCCAUAACCUCAUCCCAAUCCGCCAGCGCCCUCCACCAAGCCGGGCCCCUCGAUGCCCGCGGCCGCAUCAAAGCGCCCCAGUCGACACCUGCCACCGCGCAAGCCAGCAAACCCCCGAAAUCAGGCCACAAGCGCGCACACACCACCACCACCGCCGCCACGACCGUGAUAACGGCAGACUGGCUGCACCGCGCCGGCCUCGCCAUCGCCUCGCAGACGCGCGACCAGAAGGGCCAGACCUGGCUCGUGGCGCGUGAUAGCAGCACUGCUCUCGCCGUCGCGCCGUCGACUCCUGACGUCGACCACCAUCACCACCAUGCUGCUAGCUUGGAUCAAGCCCUGCUUGCACGCACCUCGCUGGACAGAGAGCCCGGCUCGGCGUGGAAUAGUCGCGCGGGCAGCCGUGCGCAGUCGGCGCUUAACAGUCGCCGUGGCAGUCGGGUCGCGAGCAGGGCCGAACUCGGCGGUGUUGGUGCUGGUGCUGGUAGCUGGGCAGGCGUGCCGAGCUAUGCAGCGAGCGGUGCGACGAGUCCGGUCAUGGGCCCGGACUUUGUCGAUCUUCCCGGCGAAGACACUGCCGAUGGGUACGGAUACGGGGCAGGGAAUGGGAGUAAUGGGGGCGAGGACGAGGAUGGCGAAGAGGUGGUGGCUAAGCUGACGCGCGAAGGUACGCUUGGGCUCGGCGGCUGGGUCGAUCGACUGGUGGGCUGGACGCUGUUCCGCGUGGCGGAGGACGGGGAGGACGACGAUGAUGAUGGAGAUGAAGAUGAAAAUGAAAAUGAUGAAGACAGGAGAACGAACGAGGCCGGGACGCGGAAUUUGAAGAUGGUUGAUGGCGAGGCGCUGCGGACAAGGACGGCAGAGCUGGAGGCGGCGAGACGGAGAAGGGAGCGGGAUCGGGAGGCCAUUAACGCAGCGAGUGCAAAGGCCGUCGGGACGGAAUUCGUCGUCGUCGACGAUGAUGACGUGGAUAAGAAGGCGGACGGGCAGAGUGCUGCGGAGGGCGGAUGGCAGGAUGCAGCCUGGCUGUUGAGUGUUGCGUCAAAGGUGCUUUUAUAGGGUUUGGGUGGGCAGGCAGGCACUUGGUUUGGAUGAUGAGGGUAAAUUGACUUGCUUUGCCUUUGGGGUCAGACAAGGACAUUUAAUGAUAAUAAUGAUAUGGUGUGAGAUUGUGAC